AUGACAAACCUGGAAGCGCUGAUCACCAACAUUGAGCUCUGCAGCAAGGCUGACGGCUACAGCACUGUCACCUUUCCCACCCUCAAGAAGCUUUCCGUCAAUGGUAAGGCCUUUGGGAGCUCUCUGACGAGCAUCACUGCAGACGAGAUGAACGGCAUGAAUCGUUGUGGGAAGUGGGAUGUCACUACUAUUUGGAGCAGUGUGUCUAAGCAUGUUCGGCAACAGCUCCUGCAGAUAAAGCCUCAGGCUGUCAGUGUACAAGGACUGGGGAUAUUUCAUAUUCAAAAAUGGCUCUCUUUUGAAAAUGACGAGGUGCUCACGUUUCAGAGACCUCUGUUUUCACUGUCCAGGACUGUUGCACAGAUCCGUGAGCUGCGAAGUGCUUUUGUACCUGUUCCUGAUGAGAUAAAGAAAGUGUCAGUGAGCUACAAGAACAUCCACUCGGACGUCCCCUAUUCUGAGGAAGUCGUGCAGAACUGUAUGCAGGAGACCCUGAACUUCUUCUACUUCAUCCUAACAAACAGACAAGACGUGGACUUAAUUUUAAAGGAUGUUGGCACUCUUGCUAUCCGGGGAACAGAAGUGACAAUGGCAUUUUGUGAAGACUUUUUACUAAGCCUCAACAAGUCCACAUACGUGGUAGAGAAGUUGCUCACUAAGAAAUGGGUCAUAUCGGACAAAGAAGUUGCUCUCUUUCCGAGCCGUUUUGGCCGUGUCUACCAGCUUCCACAGUUUGAGAUUAGGGCAGUGCCUCGAAGAGCUUCUCUCACAGACAAAGAGAUACUUGGAGAAUUCGAGAGUGCUUUGAGCAGCAUGGGAAUAAGAGCGGCUGUUCGUCGCACAUUAUGCCUUCUGCGAAGGGGCCUUCCUCGAGACCGCUUAGCCAGAGCUGAGAUGGAGGAAGAAGCAGAGGAGAAAACGGAGGGAAAAGGGCCUCAUGGCAGACUGUUGCCACAAAGUGCAGGCACAGAAGGAAGGCAGCACAAAGAAACUCCUUUUGAGAGCCCUGAAUUGCCAUUGCCUACUUCUGAAGAACACGGGCAGACAGGACAGCUGCCCCAGGAGGAAGAAGAUAGCCUCAGCUCCCCAGAGACCACCUCUGAUACAGAAGAGGGUCUACAAACAAUGGAGGCUUGGAUUGAGGCGAGGAGGCAGUUUCGAACUGAGCUGGAAAGCUUAGGGGACAUUGAAAAAUGGCUGUCUCAAAAACCUUCCCUCAGCUAUCAAGAAAAAAGAUGCUGGCAAAGAAUAAAGGCACGCAGAGCAGACAGGAAGGCUGCUGUCAAAUCAGCUGUGACCGACAGCCUGGACCACUCACCACCAAAGAGCAGGCAGCCCUUGAAGAAGGGUAUUGUUCCCCUUGUUUGUGCACCAUACCCCCAGGCUCUUGUCACGCUACAUAACCUCCUGCACAAACAAAAGCUGAGGAUGGUGGACGUAUUCAAGAAGGCUGGUAUGGACAGGAGGAAGAUCACGAGAGCAGACUUCAUCAGAGUCAUCAAGGAGACCAAAGUUCCCAUCAGCAACAAGGACCUGGAAGACGUGGUCAUCUUCUUGACUUCCUCAAAACCGGGGAAUUUUAUAAGCCCUGAAGAUCUGAUUGGCUGUCAAAAGCAGUGGCUGGAAAUGAGGAAAGAACAAUCCAGAGAGACCAAAACAGGUGUAGAAGCUCAGUUCCAGAAAGACACCGGGAAAACUGCCACUUGCCCACCUUCUGCUGGGGACACAGCCAGACAGAUGAAACCUCAUGCUCCUGCCAAGCCUGAAAGAAAGUUAAUACACUUGGAAGUUCCACCAGUCAACACCGAGCCAGAACGACGACAUCUGAGCUAUGAUGAAAUGGAAGAGAUUGGAAAACUCGUAAGAGAGAGGAGACGGUGGGAGAAGAAUAAAGACAGCCCAAUAGAACGGAAAGAAAAGUGCCGGAUGGUGAGAUCUGGGGAUGGCCCCGUUGAUGAGCACUGCCUGCCGUCAACUGUAGAGGCUGACUUGGGAGAACUGGUUGACCGAUAUCGGCGGAAUGCCGUCGAGAGCUAUCUGAAGAGCUCCCAGCUGUGCAAAGAGCGCAAUGUUCACAUCACCGAGCCAACACUGCAGAGAGCCCUGCUGCAUCCAGGAGACAAGAUCAUCAAGGAGGGAGAAGACAUAAGGAAGAUCAGGCAGCCCGGAGGAUACUACAGCACAGGACGUGCUGAUGCUGCAUCACCAGGGAGCGAGGCCGAGGAGGCGGAAAAUAGGCGUCUUCAGAGGAAUAAGAUGCAAAAGUCAAACGACAAUAACUUCUGGCCAGGUCAUCUGCUGGACAAGCUAUGCCUUUACUUUCCUGAAAAGCAGCAUGACAGGGCACACGCCUUGUUCAGCUAUGUUCAUCCAACCAAGCCCGCCUACCCCCUGCUGCAUCCAGGAGACAAGAUCAUCAAGGAGGGAGAAGACAUAAGGAAGAUCAGGCAGCCCGGAGGAUACUACAGCACAGGACGUGCUGAUGCUGCAUCACCAGGGAGCGAGGCCGAGGAGGCGGAAAAUAGGCGUCUUCAGAGGAAUAAGAUGCAAAAGUCAAACGACAAUAACUUCUGGCCAGGUCAUCUGCUGGACAAGCUAUGCCUUUACUUUCCUGAAAAGCAGCAUGACAGGGCACACGCCUUGUUCAGCUAUGUUCAUCCAACCAAGCCCGCCUACCGUGGCUUCUAA